CAAGCCCCACCCCGCUGCAGAGCCCGGUCCGGAGUCCCGUCCUAAGGGAAGGCUCCGUUUCCCCUGCCGGGUGUCUGUGCAGAACCGCUGCCGCCGGUCUCCCCAUGGCGAGCUGCUUCCGCGGCCCCCUCCCGGGGCGCCCCUCGCUGCCGCUGUUCCUGCUGCUGCUCCGCGUCUCCCUCGCGCAGGAGAGGGCGGCAGCCACGUCCCUGCUGAGCGGCUAUUUCGGGACCAAGUCCCGGUACGAGGAGGUGAAUCAGCACCUGCUGCAGGACCCGCUCUCCCUGGGGCCCCCGGACCCGGGGUACCUGCUGCCCUCCGCCGCCUGCGCCCCGCUGCAGCUCCGCGCCCUCAUCCGCCACGGCACACGCUUCCCCACCGAGAAGCAGAUCCGCAAGCUGGGCCAGCUGCACCGCCUGCUCCGCAGCCAGGAGCGGCCCUGCCCCGCCGCGCAGCAGUUCGCCCACUGGGACAUGUGGUACCAUCCAGACAUGGACGGGAAGCUGGCGCCCAAGGGCCGCCUCGACAUGGAGCAGCUGGCCCAGCGUCUCGCCGCCCGCUUCCCGGGCCUGUUCUCCCCGCAGCGCCGCUUCGCCUUCGCCAGCAGCUCCAAGCACCGGUGCGUGGAGAGCAGCGCCGCCUUCCGCAAGGGGCUGCUGCUGGCCCUGCACGGGCAGCUCCCGGCCAGAGGUAACGGAGCGGGAAAGGAUGGCCUGGGUGCCCCGGCACACACACACACGGGGGGGGGGGUUAAAGUGGGGCCCUGGCCUGGGGGCCCUUGGGCCCCAGCACACACCACUGGCGCAGAUAUGGAGAAUGAGGAGACUGAGAUUAAUGACAAAUUAAUGAGGUUCUUUGAUCAUUGUGAGAAGUUUGUAACCUGUGUAGAAGAGAACGCUACAGCUAUGUACGAAGUGGAUGCCUUCAAACAGGGUCCUGAGAUGAAAAGGGUUUUGGAAAAAAUUGCGGCUACCUUGUGUGUCCCAUUGCGUGAUUUAAAUGCAGAUUUGGUCCAAGUUGCUUUUUUUACCUGUUCGUUCGAGUUAGCUAUUAAAAAUGUGAAUUCUCCUUGGUGCUCACUCUUCAAUGAAGAGGAUGCUAAGGUACUGGAAUAUCUGAAUGACCUAAAGCAGUACUGGAAGAGAGGAUAUGGGUAUGAUAUCAACAGUCGUUCCAGCUGUAUUUUAUUUCAAGAUAUCUUCAAACACUUGGACAAAGCCAUUGCAGAGAGUAAAAGUUCCAUGCCCAUUUCUUCACCUGUAAUCCUGCAAUUUGGACAUGCAGAGACCCUUCAGCCACUGCUUGCUCUAAUGGGUUUCUUCAAGGAUGAGGAGCCCCUUGCUGCUAACAAUUACAAAAAACAAAUGCAUCGGAAGUUUCGUAGUGGUCGCAUUGUGCCUUAUGCCUCAAACCUGAUAUUUGUGCUUUAUCACUGUGACCAAGCUAAGACCCCUGAGGAGGAGUACCAAGUACAGAUACUGUUGAAUGAAAAGCUGCUGUCAUUUCCUCACUCGGAGGAAACUGUCUCUCUGUACACAGAUCUGAAGAACCAUUAUAAGGACAUCCUUCAAAACUGCCACUUCAGUGAAGAAUGUGAAUUAUCAAAAACUAAUAAUACUUCCACUGAUGAACUUUGAGGGAGAAGAAUAGAACAAA